AUGAUUCAGAGCCUAAUAGAACAUCGUAUUGGUGUAACAAAAUUAACGUCUUUAAUAGUUUUUGUAUGUUCUGUAUGCACUUUGAAAUUAGUUCGAGAGUUACGUCCUAAAUACUUUGAUUAUGUGGUGGAAAUAAUACUCGGCGAGCGACCACUUUUUACGCUAAUAUUAGAUGGUAUUCAACGUGGCGUUUGCUCAACUACACAUCGGUUUCAAGAAUUCUUAAAAAAGGUUGAGGUUUAUCAGCACACUUUUACUCCAAACAUUAGAAACAUCCCGAUGAUAGCUGUGACUCCUCCGUCAACCCCUCAGAAUUUGUUAGGAUCAAAAUUCUGGCUGGAUGACGAUUACAUAAACCUCAGCUUGAAUACCAUUGAAAACAUGGUCAGUAAGAUUGGAAUACACUCGUCAGCUGUGAAUUUCAAGAAUAAAACUGCUUUCGAACAGCCCUAUUUGAAUACGGAAAAUUCUGAAACUGAAACGUCAUUGCGUGAUGAAGAAGGUGAAUUUUGGCUUGAAGAUUCUUAUGGUCUUCACGAGCAGGAACGCCUGGUUAAAAGUUUACUUGCUAAAGACGACUCUGAGUUUCUACUUUGUGAACAGGAAUUGUUGAAAAAUUCCAAUUUUGCUGUUACUCCGUCUCUAUUGAACGACGCUUUGGAACGAAAAAUGUUGAUAGAUGCUACUAAUUUUACUUUGCACUCAAGUUCGUCAUCAACUAAUUCUUCUCAAGGUGAUAGUACGUAA